CUGGUGAUGCUUGGUUGCAUUAUUAUAAAAAGCGUGCCUUGCCUUAAUACGGAUCUGAAUGCAGUCUUUUGUUGGUUGAACGAUAUAAAAGUGGAAUCUAGCCUAGAAGGUGUGCUUUUUCAUCUAUGCUGUACCAUUGCAAUAAAAACUGCGAUUGAUUGAAAAGUGAGGAAUCAUGUCCGAGAAGCAAGGCAACUAUGGGCCCCAGUAUGGUCAACAGCCCCCUGGUUACUAUGGUCAACAACCGCCUCCAGGUCAACAGCCCCCUGGUGCUUACUAUGGUCAACAACAGCCACCGUACGCUGUUACCAGCCAACCCGUGUCAACAAAUAUGAUCAUAACGCAGGUGCCUGAUCCAAAGCCCCCAGAUUAUCUUAUCCUUUCCAUAUUUGUCCUGCUGUGUUGCAAUCUGCUGCUUGGAUUGAUAGCUCUUGUGUUUUCGAUUCUUUCCCAGAGUGCUUAUGGAUCUGGGGACUCGGAGUCGGCACGUACGCAUGGCAAAGUGGCUCUCGGGCUGAACAUAGCAGGCAUCGUGAUCAGUGUGGUCAUUGUCGUGGCCGUAUUAAUUUGGUACUUCGCACUCUUGGGAUCAGUCGCGGCGGCUACGUACGGUUAAUCACACUCUUCAGACCCGGAUAAAUAUUAAAG